CGACCAUAGAACCACCGCGCAUAAUUUGCCUUUUUGAUUUAUACUGGAAAUCCAACUUCAAACAUUCACCCCACUCUCAUCAUCUUUAGUCGACGUCGUUCAACUCAAAAACCUGGGCUCCACUGAUCAUUUAGUUAUAAGAUAGAAUUAAACUUCACUAUAAUCACUAUGGGAUCCAACUCGGAUAUCCCUGCAAUCCCUUGGAUGAAACUAGGAGAGCUUGACCCUCAGUCAUCUCACACGCCACCCCCUGCGCCUUUCCCGUCGAGUAACAGUGCAGCUGACAACGCGAGAGAGAGAUUCGCAGUGAAGGGCAAUGCAAUCCUCACCGGCGGCGCCGGUGCCCUAGCACUCACCUCAGCACGAGCACUUCUCGAGCACGGCCUACAAGGCCUAGCUCUCCUAGACCUAUCCACAUCCCUCACAAAAAGCAAAGAGCACAUCUCAGCCAUACAGCAUGAUUUCCCCAACGCUAACAUCGUAACCAUACCCUGCAACGUGACCACCGAAGCAGAAGUCCAAUCCGCAGUCCAAUCAGCCAUAGACCGUCUAGGCGAUCUGAGGAUCUUAUGCUGCUUCGCAGGGAUAGUCAACUGCGUCCCGUCAAUCGACAUGACCCUAGAGGAUUACAAAAGGAUGCAAGACGUAAACGCAACAGGAAGCUGGAUUACGGCGCAGACUGUUGCCAGACACAUGAUCUCCCGUAAAACAGGCGGCAAAAUCGUCUUCAUUGCCUCCAUCAGCGGCCACCGUGUUAACUACCCCCAGCCACAGCUAGCAUACAAUAUCUCCAAAGCCAGUAUCCUUCAUAUGAAAAACUGCCUAGCGGCUGAAUGGGCGCAGUAUGGCAUCCACGUCAACUCCAUCUCGCCUGGAUAUAUGGAUACGGUCCUGAAUGAGGGUGACCAGCUGUCGGGUCAUCGUGCGGUGUGGGCUGAUCGCAAUCCCAUGCGGCGUAUGGGGUCGCCGCAGGAGUUGACGGGGCCAGUGGUGCUUUUGUGUAGUGAUGUUGGAGGGAGUUAUCUGAAUGGGGUGGAUAUUGUGGUUGAUGGUGGAGGCCUGGUAUUCUAGUCGUUUGUUGGGAGUUUGGGGUAUUUGCAUAACGGAGUGCUAUUGAAAUUGAAUAAAAGGACUAUAUAGCGAAGAUCUGAGAAUAUCCUGAACGUGUCUGGGGUUUAAGCCCGCAGCAGUUAAUUGCAAGUGUUACGGUACCAAUUCUUGGGCACGGUCUAGGAGCCAAUGAUAUGGGCAAAUGGGACAAAUCCAACAACGUCUUCAUUGUCUGUGAACAGUAGAAUGAAAAUUGGAAAAAACAGAU